AUGCCACUAUCGCAAUCUCAAAAUCGUCCCGCAUUAAAUAAUAUUGAAUCUUCGUCAGCUAUUCAAAGUGAAAUAUAUUUAUCUCGCGUCCCAGUAGAAACAAACGAAUCAGACAAUCACAAUGGUCACCUAAAUAUUAAUCAUUUUCCAGCCAUUAAUAACGAUGAUGAACAGUUACCAUCAGUUUUGCCUACUCUCACAUCUUCAGCCUUAGUAAAUAUACCUAUUAGUAGUAGUGAAGUGGAUAAAAAUCAAACACCAAAUAAAACAUGUUCUUCUAAGCAAAAUUCAGUUUUUGCAACACCUGAAAAAGUUGUCGGAUUAUAUUAUGCAAAAUUAACUCCUUAUGAAAGAAAAGAAAUAUUCAAUUAUUCUCAUAUAUAUUUCAUUGGUGCCAAUUCAAAAAAGAGACCUGGUAUUAUUGGGUCACCAAAUAAUUGUGGUUAUGAUAACGAACAAGGAUCCUAUAUGCAUGUUUUACAUGAUCAUAUUGCUUAUAGAUUUGAGGUUCUUAAGGUAAUUGGAAAAGGUAGCUUUGGACAAGUUGUAAAAGCAUAUGAUCACAAAAAUCAAGAAAAUGUAGCUUUAAAAAUGGUUAGGAAUGAAAAAAGGUUUCACAGGCAAGCUCAAGAGGAAAUUCGAAUAUUAGAACAUUUACGAAAGCAGGAUAAAGAUAACACAAUGAAUAUAAUUCAUAUGUUGGACCAUUUUAACUUUCGUAACCACACAUGCAUUACAUUUGAACUUCUUUCAAUUAAUUUAUAUGAAUUAAUUAAAAAAAAUAAAUUUCAGGGCUUUAGCUUACAAUUAGUAAGAAAAUUUUCUCAUUCGCUUUUACAGUGUUUAGAUGCACUUUAUAAAAAUAAUAUUAUACAUUGUGAUAUGAAACCGGAAAAUGUCCUUUUAAAACAACCGGGACGAUCUGGAAUUAAGGUUAUUGAUUUUGGUUCGAGUUGCUACGAAAACAAAAGGGUAUAUACAUACAUUCAAUCUAGGUUUUAUAGAGCUCCAGAAGUAAUACUCGGUGCCAGAUACAGCAUGGCUAUUGACAUGUGGAGCCUAGGUUGUAUUUUAGCAGAAUUAUUAACAGGGUUCCCCCUCCUUCCAGGAGAAGACGAGGCUGAUCAGUUAGCUUGCAUUAUGGAAUUAUUGGGAAUGCCCCCGCAAAAACUUUUAGAGCAAUCUAAAAGAGCUAAAAAUUUCAUAAACUCUAAAGGUUACCCCCGAUAUUGUACGGCAUCGGUGCUUCCCGACGGAUCCACAGUUUUAAGUAGCGGUUUGUCUAGAUUGGGAAAAAGCAGGGGUCCACCUGGUUCGAAAGAGUUGAGACGAGCUUUAAAAGGGUGCGACGACCAUUUAUUCUUAGACUUUAUUCAACGUUGUUUAGCUUGGGAUCCGGAGGAGCGAAUGAGUCCGAACACGGCAUUGAGACACGCUUGGCUGAGAAGAAGAUUACCAAAGCCUCCGGGAAACGUGACAACGGGAGAAUCCAAACAAGAAGUAAAUUCGGCGAUAAUUAGAACUCCUGCAAAAGCUAGCACAAUAAGCAAAUUAAAUAAAUUGAGAGUUCAAGUUUCCGAGGAUAGGACUAAUUCAUUAGCAAUGAUUUCUAGGAAUUCCCACGGGAGAAUGUCGAAACUUCCACAAAUACCGGCAACAAAUCCUAUUUAG